AUGACUUGGCCCAAGUGUAAUUCCACUGAGGAGGAUAUCACCAUCCAUGAGGCCGAUCUCUGGGAUGGUGGUAUCACCUUCCAUGAGCUAUGUGUGAUUCUUUGCGCCAUCUUCACAGUACUGGCUUUUAUCCUCGCCGGUAUUAUUAUGAUCGGUCAUGCUACUCACUACAGCAACCCCAAUGAACAGCGAUACAUUAUUCGUAUCCUGUUUAUGAUCCCCAUCUAUGCCAUAUCUUCUUUUCUCUGUGUCUACUUCUACAGACACUCGGUCUACUUUGAGCUGAUUGGCGACUGCUACGAGCCAUUUGCGAUUGCUUCCUUUUUCACAUUGCUCUGCUCCUAUAUUGCGCCUGAUCUGCACGCGCAGAAGGAGUAUUUCCGAGGCAUCGAGCCAGUCAACUGGGUUUGGCCGAUGAAUUGGAUGCAGAAAUGCUUCUGUGGUAACCGCGAUAAAGGCAAGCUGCGGAGGCCUCGCAGUGGGCUGACAUGGUUUAAUGUCAUCUGGAUUGGUGUCUUCCAAUACUGCUUCUUGCGAGUGAUCAUGACAGUCAUCGCUGUUGCAGCCGAGGCCGAUAAUCGCUAUUGCGAGGAUUCAGAUAGUCCAUACUACGCCCAUGUUUGGGUUUUGGUUAUCGAGUCAAUUGCCGUCACCAUUGCCAUGUAUUGCUUGAUCCAAUUUUACAUCCAGAUUAAGGGAGACAUUGCGCAUCACCGGCCUUUCCUCAAGAUUCUCUGCAUCAAGCUUGUGAUUUUCCUUUCGUUCUGGCAAUCGACGAUCAUCGACUUCCUAACCUCGUCGGGAACGAUUAAAUCAUCCGCCAAAGUUCAGCUCUUCGACUGGAACAAUGCGUUGCCUAAUCUCCUCAUCUGUAUUGAGAUGUUCCUCUUCGCCAUUUUGCACUUCUGGGGAUUCCCCUGGCGUGAGUAUAUCCUCAACAAGGGAGACAUCAUGAGCAACGGAACUGAUCAACGUUACUACGGUGGAUUCCUGGGAAUCAAGGCAUUCCUUGAUGCGAUGAAUCCAUGGGAUCUGAUCAAGGCCACCGCUCGUGGGUUGCGCUGGUUGUUUGUUGGUCGCAAGACACGCGAGGCCGAUCCUAGUUACGAAAUGUCGAAACGUGUACCCAGCGAUGGCUCUGAAGUUCCGGUGGUUUGA